AUGUCCAUGUCCAUCCAAGACUGCGCCGCCGAGCGCGAGGGCUUCCCGCGGCCCUUCCCCGACACCCCGACAAACGUGCUCGAGCAGUUCAAGCUCACGGGCAAGGUCGCCGCCGUGACGGGCGCGGCCGAGGGCAUCGGCGGAGCGGUCGCCGACGCGUACGCGGAAGCAGGCGCCGAGGUCGCGCUGCUGUAUAACAGCAACAAGGCCGCUGCGGAGGAGCGCGCUGCCGCGCUGGCCAAGGAGCACGGGGUCAAGACGAAGGCGUAUCAGGUCGACGUCUCUGACGCCGAGGCCGUGCGGGCGACGAUUGCGCAGGUCGCCGAGGACUUUAGCAGGAUAGACAUUUUCGCUGCCAACGCAGGAAUGUCCAUCUCCAAGCCGAUCCUGGAGCAGACACUGGACGAGUACAAGAAGCAGCUCUCCGUGAACGUCGACGGCGUCGUCUACUGCGCCAAAUACGUCGGCGAGAUCUUCAAGCGCCAAGGCACGGGUAACCUGAUCAUCACGGCCAGCAUCAGCGGGCACAUUGUCAACGUCCCCGUCGACCAGCCCGUGUACAACGGCACAAAAGCUUUCGUCACGCAGUUUGGCAAGUCUCUCGCCCGCGAGUGGCGCGAUUUCGCGCGCGUCAACAUCGUCUCUCCGGGCUUCUUCGACACCAAGAUGGGUGCGGGCCCCGCGGCGCUGAACGAGGCGUAUCGUCUUGCGGUGCUGGGGCGGCAGGGGCACGUCAAGGAGAUCAAGGGGCACGUCAAGGAGAUCAAGGGGCUGUUUUUGUACCUGGCGAGUGAUUCGUCGACAUAUACUACCGGUAGUGAUGUGUUGAUCGAUGGGGGUUACGUUUUGACGUAA